AUGGAUAUGAAUAUUUAAAAAGAAACUUUGAUUAAAAAUAAUCAAAAUGGAUCAGUCCAAAUAAUAGAUGGAGACUUAAAUUAAGAUUACAAUGAAUUAAUUCAACUAAAUCAGAUGUAGGAACUAAAUGAAAAAGUUGUCAAAAAAAAUAUUUUAUUCAAACAUAGUUUUACCGACAACAUGAAGUUAUACUAAGUGUAGAAAGAGAAAUUGAUGUUCACUAAUCAAUUUGUGAAUACACUUCACAUAUCUUAUUAUCAUCAUUUCCCAUUAUGUUUUAGUCCUGAUGAUAUCUAACUGCUCAUAACUUAAGGAUUUUGUACCCACAUCAAACUUAAUGCAGAGAAAUUUAGAAACAAAUUUGUAAACUUCUAAGGAUAAGAAAUAUUGAAAAUAAUCGUUGAAGAUCUAGAUCGAAUAGAAGAUUAUAAAUGGGAAGAAUUUCCUAAGAAAUUUUCUCAAAUGAUAAAGGAUUAAAUAGGUUAAAAAAGAUAUGAGCUAUGUGUACAACAGUAUUCCACUACUAAUGAUGUAGCUAAAGUUUGUUAUGAAGUAAGUUUAAUGGAUACAAUGCAAAAAUAUUUUAAAUAUGUAGUUGGAGCCGGAUGUGGAAUUUCUAAAAUUAAACUUCAAGGUACAUUAGAAGAUUGGCAAUAAUUAAGAUAAAAUGUAGAACCACUUAGAGAAUUUGAAUUAGAUUGGUGGAUAAAUGAAAUUGUGCCAAUAUUAGAUUAAUUUAUUAAUUUAUAUUAAGGCAAUGUUGAUAAAGUUUUUUGGAAUAAUAUUUAUAGAUUUUAACAUCCAGAUCCAAAAAUAUAUGAUAUAAGACCAGGAUUUGCUACUGGAUGGAUUACCUACUUUUUCCCUUAUAAAGUAAAUGAAAAUGCAAGUAUUAAUGAUAAAGAACCUUUUGUUAAAAAUGAAUUUUCUAAAACUUGGGAUAAGUUUUAACAAAUAUAUCCAGAAUAAUUCCCUUCAGGAGUAUCUAAGGCACCUGUAACUCUUGAAUGGCGCCGUCAAGAAAUACCAAUUUAAUUUUCUUCAGGAUAUUUUGGGAUUACCCUAGUUGAUAAUGAAUUUUUGAAACCUCAAUUAGGAUGGGCUAUAAUGUAACUUAACUAAUCUAAGGUCAAAUAAACCAAAAAUACUUAGAAACAAUAAUUACUUCCUAAAUAAAAAAUUGAAAAGCCUCUUUAAAUUUAAUAAAAAAGUCAACCAACUAAGCAAAUAUAGAAACCAAUACAAGAUUAAAAAUAACAAAUUGUUUAAUCUCCUUAAAUCAAAUAAAAUACUAUUAAGCCAGUUCCUAAAGUUCAAAGUACAAAAAGUAAUUAAGUAACUGUAAAAUCAAAUCAACCAAAAGAAUAGUAAAAUAAAAUCAGCAAAAAGUGAUUCUAAUAUGAUAAUUAUG